UGGGCAGGCGGUGGGGUGGGAGCAGUACACAACCUGCAUGCCAGACGGAGCAAGGCAGGAGGGUGGUUGGAGGAAAGAUCGAACUCUGUCCAUUCUUAUAAAUAGGGAAUCAACGUUUGCCACUGAGGAACCAUAAGACAGCAUGAAGGCCUUUCUGAUUCUGUUGGGAUCACUGUUUCCCCUCCUUUUCCUUGUCCAGCUGCCCAUUGCACAAGGACAGGCUAUCAAUGCUCAAGCCCAGCAGCAACAACACUGUGGAGAAGACGCCUUGCCGCUAGAUUGCGAUGACAUUUACGAGCAAGGUUCAGUGACGGAUGGCGUCUACCUCAUUUACCCCGCGGGACCCAACGUGCCUGUGCCCGUGUAUUGCGAUAUGACCACAGACGAUGGAAAAUGGACGAUUUUCCAGAAACGCUUCAAUGGUACCACCAGUUUCUUUCGGGGCUGGAACGACUACAAAUUUGGCUUCGGCAGGGCAGACAGUGAAUACUGGCUAGGACUGCAAAAUAUUCACCACCUGACCCUUAAGAACAAGUAUGAGCUACGUGUGGAGCUGGAAGACUUUGAGAACAACACGUCCUUUGCCAAAUACGCAGACUUCUCACUCUCGCCCAAUGCCAUCAGUGCGGAGGAGGACGGUUAUACACUCCAUGUCUCAGGCUUCACUGAUGGGGGAGCAGGUGACUCGCUAUCCUACCAUCAAGGCCAGAAGUUCUCCACUUUUGACCGCGAUCAUGACCUUUACGUGCAGAACUGUGCAGCACUUUCCUCGGGCGCUUGGUGGUUCAAGAGCUGCCAUUUCUCCAACCUCAAUGGCUUCUACCUUGGUGGGGCUCACCUCUCCUAUGCCAAUGGUCUUAACUGGGCUGCUUGGAAGGGCUUCUACUACUCCCUCAAGAAAAGCGAGAUGAAAAUACGCCGUGUCUGAGACCCAAGAUGACCAGUGGUCUGAUGCCAUCAUGGCACUAGGCCACUGGAGAGAUGAUGCAGGCUGGUUGUCCAUUUAAAAAAAUAAUCAUACUGUGGAGAGAGAUGGGAAUCUGGGAUUGGUUCCAUGGGGGACUAUGCGUGCAAUCGGACUAACAAACAAACUUUUCAGCACUCAUAAAAAUACAGCUUUCAGAGUUCUUUGGACAAAAACUGAAGACUGUUAAACCAGUCUUAAGACAUGUUCAAGUGUAUCAUGAAGACGGGUUGCCAUUGCCA